CCGAGUGGCCGGCGGAGGCGCCCGGUCCGCGGCCACUCUCCGAGGGCGCCUCCCUCUCCGCGUCCGCCCGCGCCUCGGGGACGUUUGCGCGACUCUCGCCCGCGUCCCCGACGCGCCACCGCCCGGGCCGGGCCCUCUGCGACGCGGGGACCAUGCGGCGGCCCCGGCCCGCGACGCUGCUCGCCCCGCGGGACCUCCCGGCGCGCGGACCAGGUGCUUGGCCAUGAUGUGCUCCCCGGUGUCUCCCAUGCUGCCCGCCGGGGCGCCCCCUGAGUGACCGGGCUUGCUCUGCCCCCACUGCUCCACAGUUGAUGGGGCGCCGGGCGGAUGACCGCGGGAACGGUGGUGAUCACGGGCGGAAUCCUCGCGGCCGUCAUUCUCCUCUGCAUCAUCGCGGUGCUGUGCUACUGUCGCCUCCAGUAUUACUGCUGCAAGAAGAGCGGCGUGGACGAUGCGGCCGAGGAGGACGAGGAGGGUCCCCGCGGCCUGGCCUGCAACGCCUGCAGCUCCCGGGCGGACCCCCUGGGCGGGCUGGCGCCCCUCCCCAGCGAGCCCCGCGCCAGCCCCUGCCCCACCUGCUCCCCGCACGGCUCGGCCUUCUACAUCCGCACGGCUGACCUGGUGCCCAACGGGGGCAGCGAGCGGCUCACCCUGGCUCCCGCCUACUACAAAGAGGGGGCGCCCCCGCCCUUCAAAGUGGCAGCGCCCCAGCCGUUCCCGGUGACGUGGCCGAGCUCGGCGCGCGACGCCUUCACCAACCCAAGGGCUGUCAGCACGGAUGUGUGACCCCCGGACCCCCG